CCGCUGGUACCCGGACACUGCUGCUCGUGAUCCUUCAAAGGACGUGUCGUUCAAUUUAUUAUCAAAAUUGUUCAGCUUAAUUAAUUAUAUAGUUGUUUGAUCGAGGAUAAAUCAGUGAAAGUAGGAACGAAAAAUCCUGCUUAAGUUCGUCUUGUCUUUUUCUUCAAACCGGAAUUAUUAUGAGUGGUUCUGGAAAAAGUCUCCUCGGGGUGUGGCUGUACAGAAGAGGCGAACAUUGGGCCGUCAAGGAAGGAAGUCCUUUACAUAAGCCAAACGAUAUUCCCAUGGUCGAGCGUAAAUCAAACGGCGAUAACAAAAAUUCUGUCGUAUUCUCGUUGAAAAAUCAGAUCGGCGGCUUGGCGCGGGCACUGCAAGUUUUCCAGGAUCUGGGCGUGAACGUCGUUCAUAUCGAAUCGCGGAAAUCGGUGCGUCGCGGUUCCGAAUUCGAAAUUCUUGUCGACGUCGAGUGCGACCCGCGAAGGAUGGAAGAGUUGACGAGAUUACUGAGUCGCGAAGUCGCCGCAAUUAAUUUAGCCCAGUACGAAAAGAUGGGAACCAUCCCGCACACCCCGUCGCUUUCUGCAGCUCCGAGUUUCGAUUUUAGCGAAGUAGACAUGCCCUGGUUUCCACGAAAAAUAUCGGAUCUGGAUCAAGCUCAAAAGGUGCUAAUGUACGGAUCUGAAUUAGACGCGGACCACCCCGGGUUCAAAGAUCCAGUGUAUCGUAAACGUCGAGUGGAAUUUGCGGAUAUAGCCAACAACUAUAGGCAUGGACAACCGAUUCCUCGCGUUCAGUACACGCCGGAGGAAAUAAGGACAUGGGGAACCGUGUUUCGCGAAUUGCAUCAACUUUAUCAGAAAUAUGCUUGUAAGGAGUAUCUGGAGAAUUGGCCGAAGCUUGUGAAAUACUGCGGCUACAGAGAGGAUAACAUACCACAAUUGCAAGACGUGAACACAUUUUUGAAACGAACGACUGGGUUUCAACUACGACCCGUGGCUGGUUAUCUUUCGCCAAGAGAUUUCUUGGCUGGUCUGGCUUUUCGAGUUUUCCAUUGUACGCAGUACAUCCGACAUUCGUCCGAUCCCUUUUACACACCCGAACCGGACUGCUGUCACGAAUUGUUAGGGCACAUGCCUCUCCUGGCGAACCCGAGUUUCGCUCAAUUCUCGCAGGAACUCGGCCUGGCCUCCCUUGGCGCUUCGGACGAAGACAUCGAUAAACUGGCAACCCUGUAUUUCUUUACCGUCGAAUUUGGAUUAUGCAAGCAGGACGGAAUACUGCGCGUUUACGGCGCUGGUUUAUUGUCUUCCGUCGCGGAACUGAAGCACGCGGUUUCCGCUCCCGAGAAGACGCUUCGUUUCGAUCCGGAUGUAACUUGCAAGCAGGAGUGUAUUAUCACCGCGUUUCAAAUUGCUUAUUAUUACACGGACAGCUUCGAGGAGGCCAAAGAAAAAAUGCGCGCGUUCGCAGGUCAAAUUCAGCGCCCCUUCGGAUUACGUUAUAAUCCUUAUACGCAAUCGGUGGAGGUGUUGACGGACGCUCAGAAGAUCACUGCUGUGGUCAGCGAGCUACGAGGAGAUCUUUGUAUCGUCUCGAACGCUCUCAGGAAGAUACACGAGCAGGACGACACGGUGGACGUCGAGAGGAUAACCAGUCUCUUAACACACGGCAUCGACAUACAUCAGGACUCCUCGUCCUCCGACAGCGACGCUGAUAAAAGCCCGAACAUCGACGCGCCUCAAAAUCCGGUACAGGAUCGCAACGAGCCGUAUACCUCCGACGACAUGUUCUGAUCAUUUAAUAAAAUUCUGUUCUCGGCCAAAAAGCUAGUGUUCUAUGUGCGUUGUAAAAUGUUGUUGUUAGUCGACAAAAAGAAUUGUUGAAGUUGCGAAUUAAAUAUUUCAUCGAAUUAGCGUAAGUUGUACGAUGAAUCGUAGUUGGCAAUUGUAAGAUGAUUUAUUCGCAAUAUAAAUGUGUGUACAAUCGUUUGUGUUUGAAGGAGAUUAUAUUUAUAGAGGAUAGAGAAUUAUUCAGGCUAGACUCUGUAGAAGAGAAAUAAAUAAAGAUUACAUGAAAAAUA